AAGAUAUUUCCUGUUCAAGGUGCUUAAAUCUGGGCUUUUGUUACCGUUCCUACGAGCAAGAUGGCGGAUUCCGAAGAGCAAGAAAACGUGGAGACUACUCCAGCCAACGAUGUCGUUGUCACAAAGUAUAAGAUGGCCGGGGAUAUGGUCAAUGCAAUUCUGGCAGAACUGCUCGGCAAGUGCAAAGAUGGAGGUUCUGUACUUGAACUCUGUGAAUUUGGUGACACUCGCCUCGACGAGGAGACCUCUAAAGUAUUCAAAAAAGACAAAGAGAUGAAAAAAGGAAUUGCCUUCCCAACAUGCGUCUCCAUCAACAACUGCAUUUGCCACUUCUCUCCCCUCAAGUCAGAUCCAGAUGUUAUCAUGAGGAACGGGGACGUUGUCAAAAUAGAUCUUGGUGCUCACGUGGAUGGGUACAUUGCCGUGGCAGCACACACUGUUGUGGUGGGAGCCUCCAAGGAUGCACCGGUCACAGGCAGGAAGGCAGACGUGAUCAUCGCAGCACAGAAAGCCCUGGAGGUGGCCCUCAGGUCCGUGAAGCCAGGCAACACGAAUUACUUUGCCACAGACGGAAUACAGAAAGUUGUGGAGGAUUUCAAGUGCAAACCCAUUGAAGGUAUGCUGUCCCACCAGUUGAAGCGUCACAUCAUCGAUGGAGAAAAGGCUUUCAUUCAGAACCCCUCAGAGGCUCAAAGGAAAGAGCAUGAGUCUUGUGAAUUUGAAGUUCAUGAAGUUUACGGCAUCGACAUCCUUGUGAGCUCAGGAGAUGGCAAGGGCAGAGAACUUGACACGAGGACAACAGUGUACAAGAAGAAGGACAUUAUCUAUCAGCUAAAGAUGAAAGCUUCCAGACAAUUCUUCAGUGAAACUGAAAAGAAAUUUCUACUGAUGCCUUUCACUUUGCGAGCAGUAGAGGAUGAGAAAAAGGCCAAGAUGGGAGUGGUGGAGUGUGUGAAGCACGGCCUUAUGCAGCCUUUUAAUGUACUCUUUGAAAGAGAUGGCGAGUUUGUGGCCCAGUACAAGCAAACGGUCAUCCUGAUGCCCAACGGACCCCUGAAGAUCACGGGCCUGCCCAUCGAGGAGGGGCUGUACAAGUCGGAGUUCUCCGUCACCAACCCUGAGUCUGUGGCACUCCUGAGCACGUCAAUAUCAAAGAAGGCAGCCAAGAAGAAGAAGAAGAAAGCGGGCAAGAGUCUAGCAGAGAACGCGGAAAAUGCACAGGAAGGAGAAGAGGAGGACUGAGAGUGUGCCCACUGCCCAUGGCGCGGCUGUUAGAAGUACGCCUCCCCCUCCCCUCCCCCAUGUUUUGAAUCUUAUGAUGAUGAUGAAGGUAUCUGGCCAGGAGAUGGAUGUGUUAUAUUAGUUUGUUGCUUAGCUGCUGAGUACUGUCUAGGCACGCUGUGAAAAUGUGAAAAAGUUUUGGUCUCCACCUUUAUGACCACGAUUUGACCCGUAGGGCACAACGGAAGGCAGUUAUUUUGUCGUGUACGGCGGGGCUCUCAAUGUUCAUUCUACUGAGGGCAGAUCUGUUUUCCCCCCGAGUGUGUCGUGUGCGUGUGACCAUGUGCAGCAGGGCAGUUACCCCCGCAUGUGAAAACUGUGGGUGUGAGUCUUGUAUUUGUUCCCAAUGUGGGUCACAGGUGUUACGUUACCUUUUUUUUUUUUUUUUCUAAAAAAAAAAUACUAGUUUUAGUUUCUUAUUUAUCCAUUUUUCUUCAUCUCUUCAACAAUCAAUGCAAACUUGUAAGUUGUUUACUGUGGUCGAAGUGCAUUGUCCCCACUCAGGUGUUGAUGUUGUAUCAUUGGGUAAGGCCUUGUAGAUGUAGAAAUAUGGCAGUUGGGGGCGGGGUGGGGCGGGGGACUUGCUCCGGGCAUCCAGUUUACUUAAGGAUUGGAUGUUGUUUUUCUUGUGUAGUAAGUUGUAAGUGAACUCUCCGAGACCCCGGAUAAAAAAAAACAGUUGUUGGGAUGAGCUUUUCCUCUCCUGUGGAUAGUUUGAGGCAUGCUUUUUUUUCUUUCUAUUUGAUAAAUUAACAUUGACAUAAAGAUUUGACAUGUUGUUGCAGUAUGUUGUUACUACCAAUUUACGAAGAUGUAAGAAAAAGGGUAGAAAAAGCUGUCAAAUGAAGAUGGAAUGGCCUUGAACUGUUAAUGAAUGUGUGCAAGUUGUCGUUGAUGUUUGAAAGAGCAAACCUGAGUAUUUUUGUGACAUAAUUGUUCUCAGGCUGCCGUUUCCUUACCGCUGUGUGCAGCCUUCGACAAGACGGCUCACGUGUGGUCAUUUUGUUCAACAGGUCAAGGAGGGCAUGAUGAAAAACAGAGUUCCCAAACUGCUUUACUCACUGUAUUGAUAAAAAAAAAAAAUCGUAAUAUUUUCAGAAAGGGUGAUAUCUUUUUUUUUUAUACUUGUGAAUAGUUUGGUGGUUGUUAUGUAUACUGAUUUUAUUACAUCUUGAUUUUUUUAUUACUUCUUGAGUAUUUUUACAUCGGAAAUGUUUUAUGUGGCCAAAGAAUGAUUGUACCCCAGCCACGUGCUCUUCCAUGUAUUUCAGGCUGCAGGGGAAAAAACAACCAGUUGAUAGCGUACUGCCGUAGAGAGCCACUCGUAUUUAAACAGAUCAUAGAUUUAGAGAGACACUCAUUUUCAAACAAAAUGCUGAAAGUGCAGUGAAAAGACAUCUAAUGGUACUGGGUAUAGUUGGCCAGGAGAUAUCUACCUUACCAUAAGUGCCAUUUUUUUUUUUUUUUUAAAUUUGAUAAGUGAUCGUGAUUGUAUCAUCCUACCUAUUGUCUGCUCAUGCUCAGUGAAACGAUUGUCCGUGACGUCGUAUGUUUGUGCUCGUCGUAUGAUUGUGCUCGUUGCGUUUCUUGCGCAUAGAAAUUGGUUGUACAAAUUGGUUAGUGUUCUGAUGAGGUAGAAAUGUUUAUUUGGGGAUGGGGCGUCCGUAAAUCAGUGUAGGUGUGCAGCGUUGCGGGUUACAGUUUAGAUGCGUUGAUAUGUUGUUAAUGGUGUCUGAAGGCUUUUGCUCUUCAGUUGCCGCCAGUACUGUCAUGUUUUAGCCAAUCACUUGUUAGUCGGAGAUAAAAAUGGGCCAUGGCUAGUUGUCGGACUUUGCGUGGUGGUGUUGUUGGAAAGUCCCGUGUGUGAGUGAGUCGGGCAUUGUGUGAUGGACAGAAGACAUUGUGUUGAUGAAGGGGAAAAACAAUUUGUUUUUUCCCCCCCUCUGUGUUGGGUGAAUGUUUCUUUUCUAUUUUCAUUAUUCUACUUUUUUUUUCUUUUUCUUUUUUUUUUUGGUGGUUCUAGGUUAUCCGUUUUCUAAUCAUUAACUGAUGUGCAUUGGUUUAACAAAUAAUGUUUGUUUGCUAUAUAUAUAUCAUGUUGGUUUUUAUAUAUAUAUUUGUGAAGAUUUAGGUUUUCUUUCUUGUUGGGAGGGACAAUAAAAACAUUUCUGGGUUGA